UAAACUACACUGAACUAAAGAGAAGUCAAGAUAUGCUCAAGUCUGAAUCUGAAACAAACUACACUGAACUAAAGAGAAGUCAAGAUAUGCUAAAGUCUGAAUCUGAAACAAACUACACUGAACUAAAGAGAAGUCAAGAUAUGCUCAAGUCUGAAUCUGAAACAAACUACACUGAACUAAAGAGCAGUCAAGAUAUGCUAAAGUCUGAAUCUGAAACAAACUACACUGAACUAAAGAGAAGUCAAGAUAUGCUCAAGUCUGAAUCUGAAACAAACUACACUGAACUAAAGAGCAGUCAAGAUAUGCUCAAGUCUGAAUCUGAAACAAACUACAGUAAUCUUCAACAAAGCCACGAUUCCCUGCAGUCUCAGUACGUAACUCUGAAUGAGAAACUUGAUGAAGUGACCAAGGAGUUCAGUGUUUUGAAGGAAAUCUACUGUGAUGGUACAAACACGUCUCCCGAUAACACUUGCUCUCUAUGUAAACCAGGCUGGGUCCCCUUCAGAUCCAAGUGUUACUUCAUCUCCACUAAUAUACUGACCUGGAAGGCGAGCCGUGAUUGGUGCGAGACAAGACGUGGACGACUAGUGAAUAUAGAAACUUUAGAGGAGCAGGACUUUAUAAAACGUAAAGCUCAAGGUAAUUUUUGGAUUGGCCGAUACAACAUCAGUAAAGAAAACAACUACCAGGAUGGGCGCUGAACCUGUGAAGUCCAAGAGAGCCAGCGAUGACGACAAAGAAGAGUGUUUGUGAUAAACAUGCUGUACUUCAAGGUGUUAAACUACAACUGUGAAUAUCCUUCACAAUGGAUCUGUGAGUCCGCUGCGUUUCCUCUUCGUAUUUAAACUUCUAUCAAGAGUUCCAGUCACCUGCCAGAGCCGCUGUCUUCUGUAAUCGUAAGGAUCACUUCAUCAGUAAAUCACAGAGCUGCUAGUCUGAGCCGAGUCCAGACGUUCACGUCACUUUGUCAUGUAGGUGACAGAGGUAGUGAGUGACAACAUACUCUACAUACAGGACUGGGGGAAAUGAAAGCUGCCAUCUUAUUGUAAUGUCAGUGUUGGUCUGUGACUUCUUCUCAGUUCUGACUAAAUAGACCCCCGGACCCUGAACUUGCACAUGGUGAUUAUAGAUAACUGAUGAAAUGAUAAAGCUUCAUUUACAUAUGAGAAGAAAUGCACAGUUCUGAGUUUUAUAAAACUAUUUUAUAUUUGUGUAACAAGCAACACAUUCAAGUCCUUUCAGCAUUUAGUAAAAUGAAGAUACGUCACCAACCUGUGUGUGUCUUGAGUGACGUGAUAAAGUAUUUACCCCCUUCCUAGUAUGUUCUGUUUUUACAUAUUUUACACAAUGCAUGACCUCUGACCUUUAGAGAAAUGAAAUAUUAGAAAAAGGAGACCUGAGGAAAGACACAAUAGAGUUUUUAAAUCACUGCUUUCUUUAUUCAAUGAUCAAAGUUAUUAAUCCAACACCUCAGUGACCGAUGUGAAGGUGUCAUUGCAGAUCAGAGUCUCAGUGCUUGGCUGGUGUAACUUUAGCAGCAGUAAUAAGAACUAAACACUCUGUGAUUUAUAAUUUGAGAUCAGACUUUCAUGAGCAUCAACUGUUCAUGUCGGCACUUCUGUUAGUACAAGUUAGCAGUUUGACGAGGCUCUGAAACUCUUUGGGUGUUUCUUCUGGACUCCUCAUUGCUGCCCCCUGUUGGCAGGCCAGCUCUUCCUAUGAAGAUGUUGCUCUUUUCUGAAUGUUUUUGAGAUG